AUGCCCGUCUACCUCGUUCAUGGCUUCCGCUGGCCGCGCGAGGGCUUCACGGGCAUCCGCGUGCACGCCGUGCUACACAACCUCGACAACUGUAGCGUCGAGUACAUCCAGAACGCCAACUCGCGCGACGACAUCCUCCGCUCCUUUCGCGAAAUAUACCCGGACAUUAUGCGAGAGCUCGACCACACGGACGCAAACCCGGCGUCGACGAGAAGAUUGGAGUUCAUUGAGCAAUAUAACCCCGACGACCUCGACGGGCCCUACGCUGUCAGCCAGCCCUACGCGUUUGUGGGAGACAAGGUCGUGGUGAUCGCUGCGGGGCCGGGCAUGGGCCUGACCGGCCCCGGUGUUGCGCAGGCAAGAGCGUACCAGCAGCACCACCAUGCUCCUCCACCAGAGCCAGAAUCUCCUCAGCUUUCCAACAAGAAACAACGUGCCACGACGCUACCCAUGUCCAAGCCGGCGCCCUUCAACUCCCCCGCGGACACCACGGCGCUGAGUGUCAAUCUGGACGAGGUUCUGGCCGACGGUCCCGGUCUGACAAACAAAGCGUGGGAGGCGCUGGCGGAUCUGAGAGACAAGAUCGCCGAGGGCGAGAAGAUCGGCUGGUGGGUCGUCUACAACGGUGAUCCGGAACGGUCGUUUGAUGAUGUCGAAGACGACGAGGACGAGCAAGAGGACGACGAAAUGGAAGACGUGAAUGAGGAAGACGAAGACGGCGACACGGAGACUGUUGUUGGUGCUGCUGUUACUUCUCCUCCGUCGUCUUCUGCUGGUGCUGCUACUUCGGCCUCCUCGAGGAGAGGCCAUCGUCCCACGCCCAGCGACUCCCUUCCUAUCCCUACGUCUACCAUAACCAACUAUCCACAGUCCAUUCCCUCUGGGGCACCCACGCUUGGCCAAACACAACACAUCGCCUCUCAAAUGCAACAGCCACAGCCCCAACGUCAAGAAGGAGGCUCGCCGGGCCUGACCGCCUUGCCGGUGCGACAUACACCGCCUUCCUCCGUAGGACCAGGGAUACGGCCAACCACUGCACCGGCCACCUCCGAGACCGGCAAAGGCAAACAGAAGGAAAAGGACAAGGACCUUUCGGAAGACCCGGUCAAAACAAAGGAUGGGGCGAAGCCGCAGGGGCUGAGAAAGAAGUUCUUCGGGAGAAGGACCUGA